AUGGUGAAAAAGAAGAAACUGAAAGAGCUGACAUUGAAGGAGAAGGUUGAUCUUUUACAUUUUCUAGAAAACAGUAGAAAGACAGCAGAACAUUUUGGUGUCAACAAGAUGACAGGAAACAAUAACCAAAAAUAUAAGAAUGAGUACCUGGAGAGAUAUGAUAAAGAAAUUCCAGUAGAAGUUGUUGAAGAGUUCAUUGAAAAGUUUCUGGACUUUGCCAGUGGCUUCAAAGAUGAUGACAUCUUUAACACUGAUGAAUGUGGACUCUUUUUCAAGGUGAUGCCUGACAGGAACCUCAUUAUGAUGGGUGACAAAUGUUUCCUAAGUACUGGAGACCAAGCAGCAAAAGGCAAUUAUGGAUUACUUGACCAAAUUCAAGCUCUGAGAUGGAUUGAAGAAAAUAUUGGAUCAUUUGGAGGAGACCCCAAAAGAGUCACUAUUUUUGGAUCAGGAGCUGGAGCAUCUUGUGUUAGUUUGUUGACAUUAUCCCACUAUUCAGAAGGUCUGUUCCAAAAAGCAAUCAUUCAAAGUGGAACAGCCCUGUCCAGCUGGGCAGUGAAUUACCAGCCUGCCAAGUACACUGCAAUUUUGGCAGAAAAAGUGGGAUGCAACACUUUGGACACUACAGACUUAGUUGAAUGCUUUCGGAAUAAGAACUACAAAGAACUCAUUCAGCAAACAAUCACGCCAGCUACAUACCACAUUGCCUUUGGGCCUGUGAUUGAUGGGGAUGUAAUUCCAGAUGAUCCACAGAUUCUAAUGGAACAGGGAGAAUUUCUGAACUAUGAUAUAAUGCUUGGUGUAAACCAAGGAGAAGGUUUAAAAUUUGUAGAUGGAAUUGUGGAUAAUGAAGAAGGCAUAUCUCCAAAUGAUUUUGAUUUCUCCGUAUCUAAUUUUGUGGACAAUCUAUAUGGUUAUCCAGAAGGGAAAGAUACUCUAAGAGAAACCAUUAAAUUCAUGUACACAGAUUGGGCAGACAAGGAGAAUCCUGAAACACGAAGGAAGACUCUUGUAGCACUUUUUACUGACCACCAAUGGGUUGCACCAGCUGUUGCCACAGCAGAUCUCCAUGCUCAAUAUGGUUCUCCAACCUACUUCUAUGCAUUUUAUCACCAUUGCCAAAGUGAAAUGAAACCCACUUGGGCUGAUUCUGCACAUGGUGAUGAAGUCCCUUAUGUGUUUGGUAUCCCCAUGAUAGGUCCUACUGAAUUAUUCAACUGCAACUUUUCAAAGAAUGAUGUCAUGCUCAGUGCGGUUGUUAUGACCUAUUGGACAAACUUUGCCAAAACAGGGGAUCCAAACCAGCCUGUUCCUCAAGAUACAAAAUUCAUCCAUACAAAGCCUAAUCGCUUUGAAGAAGUUGCCUGGUCUAAAUACAACCCAAAAGACCAACUUUAUUUGCACAUUGGUUUGAAACCCAGAGUUCGAGAUCACUACCGAGCAACAAAAGUUGCUUUCUGGUUAGAACUUGUACCACACUUGCACAAUUUGAAUGAAAUAUUUCAGUAUGUUUCCACUACAACUAAGGUGCCACCGCCUGAUAUGACAUCGUUCCCUUAUGUUACCCGACGUUCUCCUGGAAAGUUUACCACCAAACGCCCAUUAAUGACAUCAAGCAACAAUCCAAAGCAUUCAAAAGACACCCAGAAAACCUCUCCAGAGGAUACAAGUGUCCUGAUAGAAAACAAGAGAGAUUAUUCUACAGAACUAAGUGUUACUAUUGCAGUAGGAGCAUCAUUAUUAUUCCUCAACAUUUUGGCAUUUGCAGCCUUGUACUAUAAGAAAGACAAGCGACGUCAUGAGACACACAGACGCCCCAGUCCCCAAAGGAACACAACCAAUGAUAUUGCCCAUAUACAGAAUGAAGAAAUUAUGUCACUGCAGAUGAAACAGCUUGAGCAUGAUCAUGACUGUGAGUCACUACAAGCUCAUGAUACCCUGAGACUCACCUGUCCACCUGAUUACACCCUGACUCUUAGAAGAUCUCCAGAUGAUAUUCCACUCAUGACACCCAACACCAUAACCAUGAUUCCAAAUACAUUAACAGGAAUGCAACCUUUGCAUACUUUCAACACUUUCAGUGGAGGACAGAACAGUACUAAUUUGCCUCAUGGACAUUCCACCACUAGAGUAUAGCUCUGUCAUUCACCCAGAAGAUUAACCAUAAGAAAAAGGGGAAAAAUUCAUAUUCUCCAUCAAGCAAUUUGUGAAAAUGAAAAGUUAAAAGGUGAAAGAGCAGAACUGUCAUAAUUUUCUUCAGAUCCUUUCCAAAGGAACACUUAUAUCAAGAAAGAUCACCCUCCUAAACCCUGUGAAAUGUGAAAUGUGUACAUUGCUAUUAGAAUUCCGCUUUAAUAUCUCAACCACUUUGAUUGAAAAUAAGAGUUGAGGCCUGAAGAAAGUCUCCUAGAAAAGGAUAUAUAUUGAGUGUAACAAACCGAAACAGAACUUUUCAAACACAGAGCCAGUGACUGUAUAGGUUUCUUCUUCUUCUUUUCUUUGAAUAAAUAAAAUUUAAAAAAAGAUGUUCUAUAUGUGCCAUAUCAUGAAUGGCCCUUGUUAUACAAAAAUAUCAUCAUGGGCUUUUACCCAUCCUAAGAAGCUGUAAUCCAGAAUGGGGAAAUAAGAUUUUAUUAUUAUUAAAAAAUAGGACUGACUAUGCAGUAAAUAUGUAUAGUUCUGUGCAAGAGAAGACUUGCCAGCCUGAACUAUAUUUA